AAUAGGUACUAGGACUGGGGAUGGACGGGGCAGCAGUGAUGUCCAGCGACCUGAAUGGGGUCACAGGUCUGCUGCACAGAGACAACCCAUACACUGUGGCUGUCCACUGUGUUUGCCACAGACUCCACCUGGCGGCUUCACAGGCGGCCAAGGACAUCCCCCAGAUGAAGUCUGCCAGUCUGUUGGUUGACAGCAUCUAUAACUAUGUGAUGAAAUCACCCAACAGACUGGCAGAGUUCAAGGCUAUGGUGGAUGUGCUUGGAGAAGACUACAUCAAACUGAAGCACGUCUUCGAGAUCCGUUGGCUCAGCAUGGGCGAGGCCAUCCAAAGUGUCCUGCGAAACUACAGAGCGCUGGCUGUGUACACAGAGGAGCAGGCAGCAGCAGGGGACCCCACUGCCAUCGGCCUUCACCAGCAGCUGACAAGCUACCUGCCAGUCGCCCUCCUCCACCUGCUUGCAGAUGUGCUGGAUGCCACAAACCAUCUCUCCAGGCUAUUCCAGUACAGGGACAUUACAUUCUCUAGUCUCAGAACACAGCUCACUGAGUGCCUGGACAGCCUUGAGGCAAUGCGGCAGGUGGAUGGCCCGAAGCUGGAGCGAUUUAGAACAAGUGUGCGGCAGUCGGGCCAGUUCAGAGAAACUCCAAUCCAGAUGCGGGUAGGCCGUGGCGGGCGUGAUCCACUGGUGGAGCUGGACAACAUCAAGGCUGUGUUCUUGGAGAGGAUCCUGGAAAACCUACGUGCCAGGUUUCCCCGAGUUGACCUCCUGGAAGCAAUGAAGGUCUUUGAACCAGCCGCAUAUCCAGCAGACGACAACAAUGUGGCCCUGGCCUACUGGGGGAGGCGAGAGCUGACCACCCUCCUGGACCACUACGCAGAGCAGAAGCAGACAAGGGAUGGCAAUGUAUGCGAAGGCUACAUUGACAGGUACAUCUGCGAAGGGCAGUUUGGUGCAUUUAAGCAGGCCGUGGCAGCCCGCUUCAAAGGUGAAGAGAGGGUGGAUGAGGAUGGAGAGGCCACCUUCCACUUCUACCGACCUACAGAACUCCUCCAGAAGAUGUUUGGGGGUCGCAACGCUGACAACCAGCGGAUCUUUGGUGAGGUGUUCAAGCUCAUGUGCUGUUGCCUGAUUGUGCUGGUCAGCAAUGCCGAGGCAGAGCGCGUGUUUUCCUGUCAGAACAGGAUCAAGACGAAAACACGCACUCUCCUUGGCAUUGAGCAGCUGGACCGGCUCAUCAGGCUCAGCUAUGCCCGCAUUCCGAUGCCUGAGUUUGACUUCCCUGCCGCCAGAGAGAUGUACCUCCGGGCCCCCAGGCGCUUGUAAAUGUAGAACUAAGUCUUGUAGAAGUAUUUUUAUAGCAAACUUUUCUUGUUGCAGUAUUAGUAUAGUGUAGUAAAGCAACAUGUAUUCUCAACUCAGGUUUAGAUUUCUAAGUAUUUUUAUAGUUAUAUUGCUGAAGUAAAGCAACAUGUAUUCUCACUUCUCAGGCAAUCUCAGAUCUACAUUUUCUAAGUAUUAUUAUGUAUUCUCAGGCAAUCUCUGGUCUACAUUUUCUAAGUAUUUUUAUAGUUGCAGUAAAGCAACAUGUGUUCUCAGGCAAUCUUAGGUCUACAUUUUCUAAGUAUUUUUAUGGUUGCAGUAUUGUCAUAGUCAUUGUAUUGUCAUAGUCUUUGGAGACUGACUGACAUAUAUAUGUUGCAGUAAAGCUCAGGCUAACUUAUAUUGUUGCAGUGGAAGAAAAAGCUCAGGUCAACAUGUUGCAAGUUUAAGGUAAACCAGUAGUACUUGUAAGUAACACAUUAAAGAAAGUUUUAUUACUUAAGAUGAACCUGGCUUGAAUUUUUCUUAUGUUAAGAUUGUAGUUUUCCACUCACAUGCCAUGCACACAUACCUCCCUCCA